AUGAACAGUAAAGGAAUCAUUCUCGGCUUGUACGAAAACGAAUCAAAAUCGGAUUUAAUCAAUUUCACAUCACGCGGUGAGAUUUUCGAUAAACGUCUGGAAGGAAAAUUGAGCGAAGUCGUUCAGCAAACGGGUUUAAGUGGCAAAAUCGGGGAAGCUCGAGUUUUUAACGGGAUCGAUAAUGAAUUUGGUUCUGUUUGUGUUGUUGGAUUGGGGAAAGAGGGAGUUGGUUAUUGCGAAAUUGAGUCCCUAGACGAAGGAAUGGAAAAUGCUCGCGUUGCUGCUGGUGUUGGAACUCGCAAAUUACGUGACGAGGGAUGUCUGAGUAUCCAAGUUGAUCCUAUGGAAUAUCCAGAGCAAGCAGCUGAAGGAAGUUCUCUCGCUGCAUGGCGUUUCCAGGAAAAUAAAUCAAAGGAAAAUCGUCUUGCUGUGCCAAAACUCGAACUUUUUGACUCUGAUGAACAAGAUGCAUGGACUCGUGGUUUAUAUAAAGCUGAUGCUCAAAAUUUGGCACGAUCUUUGUCGGAUGCACCGCCAAAUCAAAUGACGCCACACAAUUUCGCACAAAUGGCUCUCGAUGUUUUGUGUCCUUGUGGCAUUGGAGUUGAGGCACACAACAUCGACUGGAUCGAAACACAAAAAAUGGGAUCGUUUCUCGCUGUGGCAAAGAGUUCUUGUGAACCUCCGAUGUUUUUGGAGCUGAGUUAUUGCGGCGAUGAGUCCAAUGAUCGUCCUAUAUUGCUCGCUGGCAGUGGAAUUACCUACAAUAGUGGCGGUUUAGGAUUGAAAGAAUGCUCAGCGAUGUCGGAAUUCCGCGGAUCGAUGGUUGGAGCAGCAAUUGUCGUUGCAACAAUUCGCGCGGCAGCAACGUUAUCUCUUCCGAUUAACAUCACCGGGGUUAUUCCAUUGUGCGAGAACAUGCCAUCGGGUAUGGCAUUCAAACAAGGCGACAUUUUGCAAACUUGUACUGGAAAAACGAUCGGUGUUCACGACACGAGUAACGUUCAUCGCUUAGUUCUCUCCGACACUUUGAUGUACGGUCAAAAAGCCCAUAAGCCUCGUUUGGUAGUUGAUGUCGCAAGUGCCACAGCAGAAAUACGUGAAGCUCUCGGAGGCGGUGCAACAGGCGUUUUCAGCAAUUCCGACUUUGUCUGGAAUCAAAUUCGUAAAGCGGGCGCUUUAACCGGUGAUCGUGUCUGGCGACUUCCAUUGUGGGAUUAUUUCACGACAAAAGUCAAAAAUUACUCGAAUUUCGAUCUCAGCAAUAAGGGACAUGGCAAAGGUCAACCGUGUCUGGGAGCGGCGUUCCUCAAAGAAUUCGUGCCUUGCGUGGAUUUUUUGCAUUUGGACGUCAAUGGAACGGCAAAACUCAAACGAGGAGCUGGACUGCCCUAUUUGGAGAACGGAAGAAUGACAGGACGUCCCACGAGAACUUUAAUCCAGUUCUUGCAUCAGUUAUCGUGCCCCGAGGAAGCUGCUCGUCAAUUAUCUGAAAUGAAUUAA